AUGUAUCGAAGCAGGAAUCGUGGUAAGAAAAGUGGUGAAGAUGGGGGGGUCAAAGGACCGAGCUCUGCUUUGACUCAAUUCUUAAAAGAUCAAGGUAUCAGUGCUCAGGCAAUUAAAAGUCGAUGGGAAAAGCGACAGAAAGAGGAAGCAGAAAGUAGCGUAACACCUGAGUCUACCCCUGAUGUCUCUAAAGUUAAACCAGAGGAUGUUGAAGAUGAACAAUUGGAUCAAGUGAGUUCAGAAAGCACUGAAACCGAUGAUGAACUUACCUCUACACCAUUUGACAAGAGAUUAAGGUCCGUGGGUGCCGAUAGUGAUGAAGAAGAGUACGAUGUUGAUGAUACUUCAGUAAAGAAACCACGAAUAAUGCCGAGGCAAACUGUGAAGGAUGAAAAGAAGAAGACACAGAUUUUACAGAAUCGUCGAAAGAAACGGCGGAAGGCAGCUGAUAUACUGGAUAGACGUACUGAUAUAUUGCCGACUCUACAGGAUAUGUGCAUAAGAAGAAUCAGUGAAAACAUUUACAAACUGGAAAAAGACACCAACGAGGAUAAAUCAAUCAGCUUUGAUCAUAUCAGAAAAGUUUUGGGUGGUAUCUCCACGGAUAAUUUAAAAAAUUUGGCCAAGGCUUUGUCAAAAAAUAGAGCUUUAAAUGAUCAUACGUUGCAGCUUUUUUUGAAGACAGAUUUACACGAGUUAACUUUUCAUGAUUGUUCAAAAUUGUCGUCAGAGGGUUACAGAAUCUUGUCCAUUUUUUCACCUCAUCUAACAAAGUUGUCACUUCAGAUGUGCGGUCAACUUAACAAUGAGGCAUUGUUAUAUAUUGCUGAGAAGCUGACGAAUUUGACAUCAAUUAAUCUGGAUGGGCCUUUCCUAAUCAACGAAGAAACUUGGGAUCUUUUCUUCCAAAAGAUGAAGGGUCGUCUAAGGGAAUUUCAUGUUUCUAAUACUCAUAGGUUCAUUGAUCUCUCCCUGAGUAGUCUUCUGAGGAAUUGUGGUGCGGAUCUGGUCUCCUUAGGGUUAUCAAGAUUAGAUUCCGUGUUCAACUAUUCUUUACUUCCACAAUAUCUUAACAACAAAGAGUUCCAUACACUCUCGAUCAAAAAUCCCUUCAAUGAAGAGGAUUUUAGCGAUGAGGUCAUUAUCAAUAUACUGGGCCAAAUUGGCUCUACUUUACGACAUCUGAGCCUCAGCGGUUGUACUGAAUUAACCGACUCAACACUCAUAAACGGUAUGGCCGCGUUCCUCGAAAAGCGAGGUAACUUGGAGACUUUGGAGCUCGAAGAACUAACAUCCAUCACUACUGAUGGGCUGGUAUAUCUCUGCAGUAAAGUGAGCAUGCCUCUUUUGAAGCGCUGCAGUUUUAGACGGUGUAUUCAAAUCGAUGACGCAGCGACGAUUGAGCUGUUUCUGAAUUCCGCCAAGGACUCUUUGGAGUAUAUCAAUUUAAAUUCUCUAAACAAGUUAACGGAAGAAACAUUUGCGAUCAUGAGUUGCCCAAAUUUGACUCACUUGGAUUUAUCCUUUGUGAGAGCUAUAGAUGAUUUAUUGGUUGAGCAGAUCAGUCGACAGAACCCAAAACUUAGGCUCAUGGAAGUUUUUGGAGAUAACUUGAUUACGAGUAACGCUAAGAUUCCAUCUACGCUGACCCUGACAGGCAGGGAAAGUGACACUCUAUAA